CUCCUCCACCUCAUGGAUAUUGGGCCUCUCAUGUUGAAGGAGCAUGUCCCUGUCUAUCGCUUUCACUCAGCUUCUAACCCUCGCCAUCACUUGAUUAGGGAGCAACGCAGCACCAGAAAGAGGCACGGUGGGCUAUGCAGGAGAGGAGGGAGGAGAAACCCUUUCGGACCGUCGUCUUUCCAAGGGUCCAUGUCGGAGAAGAGGUAGCGUCUUAGCAAUGUCUCGGUAGCACCAAACGAGAGCAAGGCAAUUACCGAUAGACCGAGAGUGAGAUCAAGUAUGAAUCCGACGAUACAGUGAUAUGAGAUAAUGGAAAGCUCUGCCAGGAUGUAGUUCGCCGUUAAAGAUGGAACUUGUAAAAGAUGUCAUUCCACCAGUAUCCGUCUGCUGUGCUCUCUGUUAACGUUUGAUCUUUGCGACCUGUUCUACAGAGUGUAAUUGUCGUAGGAAAUAAUCUCAUAUCCUUCUGUGGCAGUAUAUGAUCAAUCACAUUGAAUAUUCUACGCAGUCAAAGAGGCUUUUAGACCAACGAGUCUUCCCUAAGACUCAAGAACAAACCCCAUGCAGGACUACGACCGAGUCUUCCUUCUCAGCCCAUUCUACACACUCUCACGUUCCUAACGUCAGAAGAAGAAGACUCUUUCCAUCUCUCCGAUGCCUCUGUAUCUCUAUGUAUAUAUUUCCAUGCAAAGUCUCUACCAUUCCUACGUAUUCCCCCACCAUUCGCAUCAAAUAUGUUCUUGUGCCUCGCCGACUCAGAACCAAAGCAAACGCCCAUGGACGAGGUCUUGUCUCAAGUCUUCGGCGCAUGCAGGCUAGCUGGAGAACUGGAGAGCAGCCUCCGCCUCUCCAACGCCGCGGCCGAUGCCCAUUUCCUGUUGAGCUCUUGCGAGCACAUCGUCGACGCCUUCAACAAAGCCAUCGAUGGUGUUCGGAUGCUCACGGGAGAAGGGCGCAUGCGACCGUUCGAGCUUCCCCCAAUACCGGCUGCGGAAGACGACGAGCACCCGUUCUUUGAGAUGGCCGAUUUCUCGGAAUCGCCGCAACUGUCUCUGGAAGUCCAGCCGUCGGCGGCCGCUCAUUCCGAGGCAUUUGCAGGCGGGGGAGAGGCUCAAGUUGCGGUGGGUGGCGCAUCAUCCCGCGGGAGAUCUUCGAGGAAGAGGAAGGAAGGCUAUGUGACGAAGAAGGUUCCUGUUCUUCGAACAGGGAACAUGGAGGUUCCCCCUGACGAUGGGUACACGUGGAGGAAGUACGGUCAGAAAGACAUACUCAAUUCCAGGUUUCCAAGGAGCUACUAUCGCUGCACCCACAAGAACUACUACGGCUGCGAGGCAAAGAAGCAGGUUCAAAGGCUGGACGCCGAUCCAUAUACAUUGGAAGUCACCUACUGUGGCAGUCACACCUGCAAGACAUCUCCGACUCCGAUCAUGAUCCCCUCCUUGGCACACAGCCCCAUCGGCAAGGAUGAGAAGGACGACAGGACUUGCCAUGGCCACCCACAAGCUGCGCCCACAACAACGCGAUCUACUUCGAUCCAACUGGGUAACUGGUUCGAGGGCAGCAGCAGACAAGAAGGGCAGACGCAGGGUGGCCGAGAUGUGGAUUAUUGCCCCGUUGCGGAAUUCGCUGAUGCCAUGUUUAGCUCAGGGAGCAGUGGCAGCAUCAUGGAUGCCAUAUACUUGCCGAGGCAGGGGAAUUAG